CUUUUGGCAGUUUUGGUGUGUGUGCAAGUAGAGGUUCGGUUAGCUGCGUCUGCAAUCAGACUACAAGUCAAAAUGCCCGUAGAUUUGAGCCAGUGGACUGGGCCUCUUGCCUUAUCAGAGGUUGAGGAAAAGCCUGCACAGCCCCUGACCAUUAAAUACGACUCGCUGGAAAUCGACGAGCUCGGGAAAGUGCUCACACCGACACAGGUGCAGAAUCGACCCACCUGCAUCGAGUGGGAAGGAUGUGACUCCUGUAAGCUGUACACUUUGGCCCUGACCGACCCUGACGCUCCCAGCAGGAAAGACCCAAAGUUCAGGGAGUGGCAUCACUUUCUGGUGGUUAACAUGAAAGGUAAUGAUGUGUCUUCUGGCUGCGUCAUGUCUGACUAUGUGGGCUCUGGUCCUCCCAGUGGUACAGGUCUCCACAGGUAUGUGUGGCUGGUAUAUGAGCAGCCAGGCACCCUGUCCUGCUCUGAGCCCGUCCUGACUAACCGGUCUGGUGACGGCCGUGGGAGGUUCAAGAUCCAGAGCUUCAGGCAGAAAUACAACUUGGGAGCUCCGGUGGCUGGAACUUGUUACCAGGCCGAGUGGGACGACUACGUCCCCAAACUGUACGAGCAGCUCGCCGGAAAAUAAGUAAAAAAAAGAGACUCGGCUCUAGAGCGUUCAGCACGAGGAUUUCCCACGAAGGCUGCUGGUCUGUCGGAAAUUCCUACUCUUGUGAAAAGCAAAAACAACAAGCCCAACUAAAACAAGCAUUUUUUGUGAGUGUGCCACUCAAUGAUCUUCUUUUGUCCCCACUGUUGCCUGACAAUAUCUUUUCAUUGACAUCACCUGCACUAUUCUGCAGUAAAUCUGUUGAAAACUGAAAUGUUUGUGUUCUAAAUAAAUAAUAAAUGCUUAGAGACCCAAA